CACAUCGCUCACUCCGUCACUCGCUCCUCCUCCACUCCUCGCCUUCCUCGGUCGCAUCAAGAACACGAGCAGGAAGGAGAAGAGGAGGAGUCCUAUCAGAGCCAGACAGCCAAUCAGUAUCUGUACCAUUACCGUUCGGGCACCAGAUUACCAAAAUCCUGCAGAGGGGAAUGGCGCCGAGCAGCUACGAGAUGGCGGCUUCCACCCUGCUGUGCGGCGAGGACAGCAGCAGCAUCCUGGACCUCGAAGCGGGGGGCCAGGAGGAGGAGGAGGAGGUGCUGCUGGCGCGGAGCAGGACGCGCGGGGAGCCCAGCGUGGUCUUCCCCGUGCCGUCCGAGGAAUGCGUCGCCGGUUUCGUGGAGGCGGAGGCGGCGCACAUGCCGCGGGAGGACUACGCCGAGAGGCUGCGCGGCGGGGGCACGGAUCUCCGCGUCCGGACGGACGCCAUCGACUGGAUUUGGAAGGUUCACGCGUACUACGGUUUCGGCCCUCUCACCGCCUGCUUGGCCGUCAACUACCUGGACCGCUUCCUCUCGCUCUACCAGCUUCCGGAAGGCAAGUCUUGGACGACGCAGCUGCUGUCCGUGGCGUGCUUGUCCCUGGCUGCCAAGAUGGAGGAGACCUACGUUCCUCCGUCUCUGGACCUGCAGCAGGUCGGGGACGCGCGGUACGUGUUCGAGGCGAAGACGGUGCAGAGGAUGGAGCUGCUGGUCCUCAGCACGCUCAGAUGGAGGAUGCGAGCGGUCACCCCCUUCUCGUACAUCGACUACUUCCUCCACCGGCUCAAAGACGGCGGUGCGCCGAGCAGACGCGCCGUCCUCCGAUCCGCGGAGCUCAUCCUGCGCGUCGCGAGAGGAACGUGCUGCCUGGGUUUCAGGCCCUCGGAGGUCGCCGCGGCUGUCGCCGCCGCCGUGGCCGGCGAGGAGCACGCCGUGGAUAUCGACAAGGCUUGCACCCACCGCGUGCACGAGGAGAGGGUGUCGCGAUGCCUCGAAGCGAUCCAGGCCACCGUGGCCCUGCUGGCGCCUGCACAGCCGCUGAAAGCUGAAGGCCCGAGCAGCGGCCGCAGCAGAGCCUCUUCCUCCUCUGCCACCGUGCCGCGGAGCCCGACCGGGGUGCUGGACGCUGGCUGCCUCAGCUACAGGAGCGACGACGCGGCUGCGGCUGCGGCUGCCUCGCACGCGAGCUCCGCCUGGCGCGACGAGGACGGCGACUGCUCCCCGGCUGUUUGCAGCAAGAGGAGGAAGACUAGCAGAUGAUGAUUAGUACACACCAGUGAUGGAGAUGGAAGGAUCGAUCGAAAAGCCCAUUCCGCGCGCUGAUCAGUGAUCGUCGAUCUCCUUGACAGAAAGUCAAGUGGUUUUGAUCGCACUGACCGAAGAGUCUGGUCUGCUCUGGGAGCUUUUGACUCCGGUUUGAAUCGAAGUGCCUGUAAGCCAGGCAAAGGAGGCGCAAGCGCAACCAAAAGCAGGACAUUUUGGACAUGGCGGUCCAGCAAAGAUCACGCUCCUCUGAAUGCAGGGUGCUAGUAGAAAUGUACCAAAGGAAGGGGAAAAAAAGGAGCAAAGGUUUUGAAGGUUGACAAAGCUGAGACGGGACGGGACGACCAAACUAAAGGCAGCUCGACGAUGACGGGGACGAGGCGAUGCUGGUGACAUCAGGCAUGCGAAGUAGCUAUAGCCGCGUAGUUUGCUUUGUUCUGUAAUUUCCCGACCAUUUUCCAUUUGUAAAAGAGAGAGAGAGAGAGAGAGAGAGAGAGAAUGCAAAAAAGAGAGGAAAAGAACAAUUCAAUUCUUGCGUGACAAAUUGAAAAUAGCGGUUAACCAA